GCACUGCAUCCACCAACAGACAGGCAGCUAGCAGGGAGCAGCUAGAAGAGCUAGCACCACAGCACUGAGACACAGACAAGACACUGUGUGUGUGCCUAUGUGUGUGCAACCAAGGCACAGCUUCUUCUUCUUCACUGUUUUACUAGCACUUUUACCUCACAAUUAUUUUCAAAGGGGACUAGGGCAGCUCAGGUCUGCGUUUCCUCCUCAUUAGAAUAAAGAAGGGAUCAGUGAAGGACAAGAGAGAGCUUGGAAAUCGGUUGUUCUUUCCUCCCUUUUCUCUCACCUCCCUCCGUCCGUCAGUUGCUGACAGCCCUCGCAUACGUGCAGGCAGGAUGAUAGCGGCACAGCUUCUGGCAUAUUACUUCACUGAGCUGAAGGAUGACCAGGUUAAGAAGAUCGACAAGUACCUUUACUCUAUGCGUUUCUCUGACGAGACACUGCAUGACAUCAAGUGUCGGUUCCGGCGGGAGCUGGAGAACGGGCUGGGCCGCGACACCCACACCACCGCGACCGUCAAGAUGUUGCCCACCUUUGUCAGGUCCAUCCCUGAUGGAUCAGAAAAGGGGGAUUUCUUAGCUCUGGAUCUGGGUGGCUCCAACUUCCGUAUCCUGCGCGUGAAGGUGACACAAGACAAGAAGCAGCCGGUUCAGAUGGAAAGCCUAGUCUACGAGACCCCUGAGGACAUUAUCCAUGGGAGUGGGACACAGCUCUUUGACCAUGUCGCAGAAUGCCUUGGUGACUUCAUGGAGAAGCAAAAGAUCAAGGAUAAAAAACUCCCUGUAGGAUUCACAUUCUCCUUCCCAUGUGCACAAACUAAACUGGAUGAGGCCGUCUUAGUGACUUGGACAAAGAAGUUUAAAGUGAGUGGUGUAGAAGGCAUGGACGUUGUGAAGCUUCUGAACAAGGCCAUCAAGAAACGAGGGGACUAUGAAGCUGACAUCAUGGCAGUGGUCAAUGACACAACCGGAACAAUGAUGACCUGUGGGUUCGACGAUCAACGAUGUGAAGUUGGCAUUAUCAUAGGUACUGGUACUAAUGCCUGCUACAUGGAGGAGCUGCGGCACAUUGACCUGGUGGAGGGAGACGAGGGCAGGAUGUGCAUCAACACAGAGUGGGGGGCGUUCGGGGACGACGGGUCCCUGGAGGACCUCCGUACAGAAUUUGACCGGGAGAUCGACCGAGGCUCCCUCAACCCUGGGAAACAGCUGUUUGAGAAAAUGGCCAGCGGGAUGUUUAUGGGAGAGCUGGUCCGCCUCAUCCUGGUCAAGAUGGCCAAGGAGGGACUGCUGUUCGAGGGUCGGAUAACCCCUGAGCUUCUGACAAAAGGGAAGAUCGAAACGAAGCAUGUUUCAGCCAUUGAGAAGAGCAAGGAAGGCCUGACCAAAUGCAAAGAGAUUCUAACGAGGCUUGGGGUGGAGCCUUCUCAAGAGGACUGUGUUGCCGUACAACACGUGUGCACUAUCGUAUCCUUCCGCUCUGCGAACCUCAUCGCAGCUACACUGGGAGGUAUCCUUACUCGGCUGAAGGACAACAAGGGAGUCGCCCGCCUGCGCACCACUGUGGGCAUUGAUGGGUCGAUGUACAAGAUGCACCCUCAAUAUGCCCGGCGUCUCCACAAGACGGUGCGGCGUUUGGUGCCCGACUCUGACGUCCGUUUCCUGCUGUCCGAGAGCGGAAGUGCUAAGGGUGCUGCCAUGGUGACGGCGGUAGCGUACCGUCUGGCCGACCAGACGCGCCAGAUUGCCCAGACACUGGCCGAGUUCCGUCUGAGCAAAGCCCAGCUGCUGGAGGUGAAGAAGAGGAUGAGGACAGAGAUCGAGAACGGCCUGGGGAAAAAGACCCACGACUCAGCCACAGUCAAGAUGCUGCCCACCUACGUGCGCAGCACGCCUGACGGAACAGAAAAUGGGGAUUUUCUGGCACUGGAUCUGGGAGGGACAAACUUCCGGGUGCUGCUGGUUAAGAUCCGUAGUGGGAAAAGGCGUACAGUGGAGAUGCACAACAAAAUCUACGCCAUUCCCAUCGAGGUCAUGCAGGGCACGGGAGAGGAGCUCUUUGACCACAUUGUGCACUGCAUCUCUGACUUCCUGGACUACAUGGGCAUGAAGAGUGCCCGUCUGCCUCUGGGCUUCACCUUUUCCUUCCCCUGCCACCAGAAGAGCCUGGAUGCAGGUAUCCUUGUGAACUGGACCAAAGGCUUCAAAUGCACAGACUGUGAGGGUGAAGACGUGGUGGAGCUUCUCCGGGAGGGCAUCAAGAGGAAAGAGGAGUUUGAUCUGGAUGUGGUAGCUGUGGUGAACGACACUGUUGGAACAAUGAUGACGUGUGCAUAUGAAGAGCCCACCUGUGAGGUUGGACUUAUUGCAGGGACAGGCAGUAACGCGUGUUACAUGGAGGAGAUGAGGAACAUAGAGACGGUGGAGGGGAACGAGGGACGCAUGUGCGUCAACAUGGAGUGGGGCGCCUUCGGGGACAAUGGGUGCCUGGACGAUAUCAGGACGCAGUACGACUGCGCCGUGGACGAGAACUCACUCAACGAGGGCAAACAGAGGUAUGAGAAGAUGUGUAGCGGCAUGUACCUGGGAGAAAUUGUGAGGAACAUCCUGAUUGACCUGACCAAGCGCGGCUUCCUGUUCCGUGGAAAGAUCUCUGAGACGCUGAAGACCAGAGGCAUCUUUGAGACCAAGUUCCUGUCCCAGAUAGAGAGCGAUCGCCUGGCCUUGCUGCAGGUCAGGGCCAUCCUACAGCAGCUGGGUCUGGACAGCACAUGUGACGACAGUAUCAUCGUCAAGGAGGUAUGCAGCACCGUGUCCCUCCGUGCGGCUCAGAUCUGCGGAGCCGGAAUGGCCGGCGUGGUGGACAAGAUUCGUGAGAACAGAGGGCUGGACCACCUAGACGUCACUGUGGGGGUUGACGGAACACUCUACAAACUGCACCCACACUUUUCCCGGAUCUUCCACCAGACAGUGAAGGAGCUCGCCCCUAAGUGUAACGUCAACUUCCUGUUGUCGGAGGAUGGGAGCGGCAAGGGUGCAGCCCUCAUCACAGCUGUGGGCUGUCGCCAGAGAGCGCAAGAGGCACAGCAAGCGGCUCAGCAAGCGUAAUGAGUUGCCCCUCCCAUGACCUGUACAACGCCCUGCUACUCCAACUUUUCUUCCACCCACCGCACAGCUCUUCUCUCCAUCUCCCCAUAGCCCCAACAGCCGUGACUCCACCUGGUCACUCUCACAGCCGGAGACAUGUCCGCAUGCAUAAGGAAGUAAAAAUACUAGAAUAUUUCACCUUUAUUUAUUUAUAAUGCACCAGAAGGGUUUAUCAUUUAAAUGUUUGUACAUUUUCCUCGAUAGCAUGUUAUCUUAAGUAUCUGAUAAAUAUAGUGCAAAACGUGUGUAUUGUAUAACAAAAGUUGGAUUUUGCACCAAAAAAAAGUUCUCUGUACUUUCUACUGGAUAUGCGAGUUACAAGAGUAAUAGUAUUUUGGUAGAACUCUCAAUUGAACCAUUGAACAUUUAAUCCAAUGAAUGAUACAACAACUCCUUUAUAGUGAUUACACUCUUUAUAUAUCUUUUCCAAAAAGGCCUGUGUUUAUAGGGUGGAAAGCAAGAGUCACGGCUGUAAAAAGUCAGAAUUUUACACACCACCUACAUACUAUUUUCACACAAUGUAAUAGUCUACUACAAUUUUUUUGUGUAAAUGUAUGUCAAAAGUAAGUCACAUAAUACAGUAUUCCGCCUUCACCUAACCACUUUUUCUGAGGAGCUUGGAGAGUUGAAUGACCCCCCCCCCAGUUAAAGUGUACUACCUUGUUGCUACAUAAAUGUGAAUUACUACUAUACCUUAGGUGUUGUGUUUUGUGUUCAUUCCCACCUAUACCUACGCAUUGUGUGCAGAAAUAAUAAAUGUUCAUUGGGCCCCAAGACAAGAGUGGCUACUCCGAGCGCUUCUGUGUGUACUUGUGGCUGAAUGUCUCUGUGAGUUCUACUGUAACAUGACCUGAAUGUCUCUGUGAGUCCUACUGUAACAUGACCUGAAUGUCUCUGCGAGUCCUACUGUAACAUGACCUGAAUGUCUCCGUGAGUCCUACUGUAACAUGACCUGAAUGUCUCUGUGAGUCCUACUGUAACAUAACCUGAAUGUUUCUGUGAGUCCUACUGUAACAUGACCUGAAUGUCUCUGUGAGUCCUACUGUAACAUGACCUGAAUGUCUCUGUGAGUCCUACUGUAACAUGACCUGAAUGUCUCUGUGAGUCCUACUGUAACAUGACCUGUAGCUUUACAUGUCCAAAGCUCUAUGAAGACUGCAUGCCUUAUUCUGUGACAAAUGGAGGGUCCUGGAUCCUUUUAUUUUAUAUAUCAAAAUAGAUUUGUGUUCCAAACUGUGACAAGUGAAUUCAUUAAAUUAUAUUUUGUUGUGCAGUAAA